UUCUACCCCCACAGUCCCUUCUGCUCCCCCAGCUGCUGUUGUGUCCUGCCUGGCUGCCCGGUGUCUGCUACACUGCUCCCCGCUCUGCCCGCUCCUUCCCCGGACCCGAAGCCCGCCUCGCACCGCCCCGGCUACUGAACUCCCAGUGAAUGCACUAGCCAGCAACCAUGACAGGCAUCGCCGCCGCGUCUUUCUUCUCCAACUCCUGCAGGUUCGGGGGUUGUGGGCUACAGUUCGAGUCUCUGGCCGAGCUAAUCGUCCACAUCGAGGACAAUCACAUCGACACAGAUCCUCGCGUUCUGGAGAAACAGGAGCAACAACAGCCCACCUACCUGGCCCUGAGCUACAUCAACAGGUUUAUGACGGACGCGGCACGUCGGGAGCAGGAGACCCUGAAGAAGAAGGCCACACCCAAACUUUCCCUGUCAAUCACAGGUGGCGUGUCUCGGAACAGCGUGGCCACACCUCCACGGCACAGCAAUGGCAACCUGACUCCCCCCGUGACUCCUCCCAUCACACCCUCCUCCUCCUUCCGUAGCAGCACGCCCACAGGCAGUGAGUAUGAUGAUGAGGAGGUGGACUAUGAGGAGUCAGACAGUGAUGAGUCCUGGACCACAGAGAGUGCCAUCAGCUCCGAGUCUAUCCUCAGCUCCAUGUGUAUGAACGGAGGAGAGGAGAAACCCUUCGCCUGCCCUGUGCCUGGCUGCAAGAAGAGAUACAAGAAUGUGAACGGUAUUAAAUACCAUGCCAAGAACGGCCACCGGACACAGAUCCGUGUGCGGAAGCCCUUCAAGUGCCGCUGUGGGAAGAGCUACAAGACGUCCCAGGGCCUGAGACACCACACCAUCAACUUCCACCCGCCUGUCUCCGCCGACAUCAUCCGCAAGAUGCAGGGCUAGAAAAAAACAAAAAAACAUUUCCCUAUUCCUCACCAGCACUCCCAACCCCAACCACCCCACACUUUUUCAAUGUCAAUAUCCACCCCACCUUGACCAACCAACCAAAACAUAUCCCUAUCCCUUCUGGCCCAACCUUAGGGGUGACAACCCAAACCACUAUCCCUUCUGGCCCAACCUUAGGGGUGACAACCCAAACCCCUAUCCCUUCUGGCCCAACCUUAGGGGUGACAACCCAAACCCCUAUCCCUUCUGGCCCAACCUUAGGGGUGACAACCCAAACCCCUAUCCCUUCUGGCCCAACCUUAGGGGUGACAACCCAAACCCCUAUCCCUUCUGGCCCAACCUUAGGGGUGACAACCCAAACCCUUAUUCCUUCUGGCCCAACCUUAGGAGUGACAACCCAAACCCCUAUUCCUUCUGGCCCAACCUUAAUAUGCUGACCACACCGCCCACGUUGCAAAAUAAAUGUACAGAUCCAUGUUAUUCAGUCAUUACACCCACACUGCUGGUGUCUGUUCUAUUUGUGAUGCUUAACGCACUGCAAGUCCCACCUCUCCCAUCUCAUUGGUUUUUAGGAGCAUAUGCUCACGUGGGUGAUUGAAAGAUGAACUGAGGUCCACACUCCAGUCCAGUCUGUUGUGGUAAUGCGCCUUAAAGUUGGUUGCCAAGCGCCAUAUAAAAUCAGAAAAAGAAGUCUGAAGGAGGAGAGAUUACGGUUUAGCCUUUUAUCUGUGGAUUAAUUGUCAGAGGAGAGGACCUUGUGCAUUUCAGGUAAAAUAACAACCCAAUGUUUAUAUCCCAGGACAAAUUAGUUAACAACAGUAAGCUAGCUAGCUAUUGGCAAAAAUGUUUAAUACUUUUCGACCUGUCCCCAAAUUAAUAUAGUUGGUUCAUGGUUUGUUUUGAUAUUUCAACCUGCGUGUCCUGAUUAGCGUCUGGUGUGGGGGGACAAAAUCAACAUGCGAUGACGCACGCAGACGCACAUGCGGUCUGGUCAGCAUGUAACCUUAAGGGUGACAACCCAAACCCCUAUCCCUUCUAGCCCAACCUUAGGGGUGACAACCCAAACCCCUAUCCCUUCUAGCCCAACCUUAGGGGUGACAACCCAAACCCCUAUCCCUUCUAGCCCAACCUUAGGGGUGACAACCCAAACCCCUAUCCCUUCUAGCCCAACCUUAGGGGUGACAACCUAAUCCCCUAUCCCUUCUAGCCCAACCUUAGGGGUGACAACCCAAACCCCUAUCCCUUCUGGCCCAACCUUAGGGGUGACAACCCAAACCCCUAUCCCUUCUGGCCCAACCUUAGGGGUGACAACCCAAACCCCUAUCCCUUCUGGCCCAACCUUAGGGGUGACAACCCAAACCCCUAUCCCUUCUGUCCCAACCUUAGGGGUGACAACCUGAACUCCUAUCCCUUCUAGCCCAACCUUAGGGGUGACAACCUGAACCCCUAUCCCUUCUAGCCCAACCUUAGGGGUGACAACCUAAACCCCUAUCCCUUCUAGCCCAACCUUAGGGGUGACAACCUAAACCCCUAUCCCUUCUAGCCCAACCUUAGGGGUGACAACCUAAACCCCUAUCCCUUCUAGCCCAACCUUAUGGGUGACGACCUAAUCCCCUAUCCCUUCUAGCCCAACCUUAGGGGUGACAACCUAAUCCCCUAUCCCUUCUAGCCCAACCUUAGGGGUGACAACCCAAACCCCUAUCCCUUCUGGCCCAACCUUAGGGGUGACAACCCAAACCCCUAUCCCUUCUGGCCCAACCUUAGGGGUGACAACCCAAACCCCUAUCCCUUCUGGCCCAACCUUAGGGGUGACAACCUGAACUCCUAUCCCUUCUAGCCCAACCUUAGGGGUGACAACCUGAACCCCUAUCCCUUCUAGCCCAACCUUAGGGGUGACAACCUAAACCCCUAUCCCUUCUAGCCCAACCUUAGGGGUGACAACCUAAACCCCUUCCUCCCACACACUAAAGGAUCUAGUGCAUGCUUUAACUUGUUUAUGUCUUGUAUUAUGUUCUUUGGUUUUCACAUGUUACUCUCUCUUAUUUUAAUAAUAUGCAUCUUUAUAGGCUUUUUUUGUUGUUUGUACAUUUGCACAUUGUUAUGCUAUCCCAACUAUUUCCUUUUUGUAUUGACAUACGGUGCUAACAAAUGAAAACAAAGAAAAGAAAAAGAAAGAAAAAACAAAACAGAAGAAGAAGAAGAGGAGUAAUGUAAAACAGAAGAAGAAGAGGAGUAAUGUAAAACAGAAGAAGAAGAGGAGUAAUGUAAAACAGAAGAAGAAGAAGAGGAGUAAUGUAAAACAGAAGAAGAAGAAGAGGAGUAAUGUAAAACAGAAGAAGAAGAGGAGUAAUGUAAAACAGAAGAAGAAGAGUAAUGUAAAACAGAAGAAGAAGAGGGGUAAUGUAAAACAGAAGAAGAAGAAGAGGAGUAAUGUAAAACAGAAGAAGAAGAAGAAGAGGAGUAAUGUAAAACAGAAGAAGAAGAAGAAGAGGAGUAAUGUAAAACAGAAGAAGAAGAAGGAGUAAUGUAAAACAGAAGAAGAAGAAGAAGGAGUAAUGUAAAACAGAAGAAGAAGAAGGAGUAAUGUAAAACAGAAGAGGAGUAAUGUAAAACAGAAGAAGAAGAAGGAGUAAUGUAAAACAGAAGAAGAAGAGGAGUAAUGUAAAACAGAAGAAGAAGAAGAAGAGUAAUGUAAAAGAGAAGAAGAGGAGUAAUGUAAAAGAGAAGAAGAGAGGAGUAAUGUAAAACAGAAGAAGAAGAGGAGUAAUGUAAAACAGAAGAAGAGGAGUAAUGUAAAAGAGAAGGAGGAAGGUGUGGAUGUUGAGUUGGAUUAUACAGUCUAUAUAUAGAUAUAUAAACAAUAGAUGUGUGUGUAUAUAUACAAAUAUAAGUAUUCAUCAGCAUAUACUAAGUAGUUCCACUUUACUUUCAAGCUUAAUUUUUUUAUAUUCUUUUUCGAUAUAUUUUACAGAUAUUAUUUUCUUUUGAUAUUUCAUCAAGAAGUUUUUUUUCUUCCAUUCCUCAACCCCGAGACAACCUGUUCUGUUGUCAUAGGUCAAACUUUAAACAGCUAGGUGACCUCAGGUCUAGAUAUCCCCAGCAGCAAAAACAGAGACUACGGCUUGAAUCCCAACUUCAGAUCUGCGUCCCUAAAUAUAUUUUUCACAGUUCUGAUUGAUUUUAAUGCACAUAUUUCAUGUUAGUGUUCAGCCCAAAUAGAGAAACAAGGAAACUAUUGCAUUUCUUCAUUCCCUCUGUUCUAGAACGGUUCUAUGAUUUCAGAAUGGAUUGUGCAUCCUGUAUUCUAGAAGGUUAUUCCAGACUGUAGUGUGAGCAGACCAGUUCAGGCAUCAUCCUGUAUUCCAAAGGUUAUUCCAGACUAUAGUGUAAGCAGACCAGAUGAGGCAUCAUCCUGUAUUCUAGGUUAUUCCAGACUGUAUUGUGAGCAGACCAGAUGAGGCAUCAUCCUGUAUUCUAGGUUAUUCCAGACUGUAGUGUGAGCAGACCAGAUGAGGCAUCAUCCUGUAUUCUAGGUUAUUCCAGACUGUAGUGUGAGCAGACCAGUUGAGGCAUCAUCCUGUAUUCUAGGUUAUUCCAGACUGUAGUGUGAGCAGACCAGUUGAGGCAUCAUCCUGUAUUCUAGGUUAUUCCAGACUGUAGUGUGAGCAGACCAGAUGAGGCAUCAUCCUGUAUUCUAGGUUAUUCCAGACUGUAGUGUGAGCAGACCAGUUGAGGCAUCAUCCUGUAUUCUAGGUUAUUCCAGACUGUAGUGUGAGCAGACCAGAUGAGGCAUCAUGCUCUAUUCUAUUCCAGUUGCCAAGUAUUGUUUCUGGUUACUUUUCCAUGAUCAUUGCCAACAGCUCUCUACUGCCAAACAUUUACAUUACCAUGUGCCUGAGGGGGGAGGGGGAGAGAGACUGUCAUACGGUUUCAUCAAAGAGGUGCGCAAGCGUGUCAAGAGAACACGGGUCUCAUUGCGCCUCCAGUAUGUGUGUGUGUGUGUGUGUGUGUGUGUGUGUCGAUGGUAUGUUUUGUUUUUGUGCAUGUCUUAGGGUGUAUCUCCAGAGAUUCCACCUACAAACUUUGAUUGCCUUGCGUUGUAGACUACAGCAUUCCAGUACAGUCUGUGUGAGUGUGUUGCUUCUUAGCCAAGUCUUUCUGCAGUAUCUGAGCUUUUCAGCUUCUUGUGUUAUUAUUCCGCCUUCUGUUACAGUCCUCCAUAGUGUUAUAAUAUACGGCUGUCUCAAAUGACACCCUAUUUUUGUAUACGGGGAAUAGUGACAUUUUAGAUGAGUCCUGUGUUUUAAAUGACACCCUAUUCCAUAAAGUGCACUACCUAUGGAAUGCCAUUUGGGAUGCAGAUAGUGUCAUAACCAGGACCUUGCCCAUAGCCUCCUGCUUUACAGAAGCAGUCUGAUGUACUGUCAAAUUGUGUCAAGGUAAGCAUGUUCUGGCCUAUUUGUGAUACCAUGCCUUCAGAGUACAGCAGAGUGGUGUAGUGUCAAAAAGUGGUGCCCAUUGGCAAAAUGUUACCCCGUGCCAGGCCCCAAAACAUUUCUAACCUGUUCUGUACUGUGAUAAUGGUCUGAGUCUGAUGGUACCCCAACACACACGCUUGACUGUUGCCAUAACAACCCUUGACAUGGGUGUGGCAAAGUGCACCUGUAUUCACAAAGCGUCUCAGAGUAAGUGCCUCGCUAAUAACAGAAGCCUUUGAAACCAUAAUGAAUACGAGCGGGGACCUGAUCCUAGAACACCACUCCUACUGAGACACUAUGUGAAUACAGGCCCAGCAUACGAGAAAGAGGAAGGUAGCAUUGUUUUUGAUUGUGGCUGUACAGAAUGCGAGUCUGUGCCAGGUUUUCCGUACUUGGAAGCCUUGGCCCCAGCGUAUUUUUUUGAGGGGACAGAGACCAGAGUUCACCAGUUCGGGAUCUGUCAAACACUUAUAAACCUGUCCUCUCCCUGCAGAGAUGCAGGUCACUAUGGUUACAGUUUAAAAGGGAGCCUGACAGUAUUACACAGCGGGGAUGUGAGGAGUACAAUACAAGCGUGUGUGAGGGGGACUAUUCCGAUAUAUUGUGUACAGUGAAUGUAUUGUAAUGUGUGUCAAGUGCGUUUAAAUUAUAUUUUCAUAUGUUAAGUGGAGAACAAUGUUUCCUAUUUGUACGGAGGCAACAGAGGGUGUGAGGAAGGAGACCUGUGUACUAUAUCAAACUGUUUUUACAUAAACUGCUGCUUCAUAAAUGUGAACACUAUUACAUUAAAAAUCAAGAGAACAUUA